CCCUACUCCUCCCCAGCAUAUCCUUCCCCUACCGCGAAGUCCACGCCGUCUCUAUGAACAUCUCGGCUUUCUCCCCAUCGACUUAGACCUUGUUUGAUCACCUCGGGGAUUUCUGCUAUGCGGCGCUUCUCUUCGCAUAAGCUCCCAUCCAAGCGCCGGCGUCACUCGUCACCCCUCAUCGACAGAAGUUCCUCCUUCUCCUCCCCCUCCCUCUCGGACCAUCCCCCCCCCACCGCCUCUCAGCCUGCUAUAGAGCCCUCCUCCGACCACCUCGAAGAGCUACCAAGCCCGCUAGUCAUUGAGCCUCUCGUCGCACCAAUGGCGGGAGAGAACCACCUCAUUGACGGCUUCGUCCCUCGGCCUCCUCUUCCAACUCCUCAGCCCCCCUCGACCAGCGCCACCCGCGGCAGCGCCACCCCUCCGACGGUGACCACGGCGGCCGCGACAGCCACGGCCGCCUCCUCGGCCCCGGUCCACCUCCUCCAUCACCACCACCACCACCACCACCACCACGACUUCGAGAUGGACACUUCCUACCAGUAUGAGGCAGCUCGCACGACGGCCACCACGCCGCCCCUUGGGACCCUGUCUCCGCCGUUCCAAUUCCAGCGGACUCACGAGUCGCCCGGCGGGGGUGCCCCCACCGGGGUCCAGCCAUCUGCCCCGGCUAGCGCCUCCAGUGCCACGCAGCAGCGCUUCGCCGGAUCAGCCAUCUCGCCCCGGACCUCCUCCUCCUCGGUGUCGGAUCUGCGCUUAACCUCGGAAACACAGCUGCAUUACCUCCUGCAGGAUGGCCGCCAGGGCGGGCCCUCUCUCCCGAGGGCGGUCGGCGGUGGCGUGGACAUCUUGGACAACAUGGACUCCAUGCCACAAGUCCAAGCCCAGGUCCAGUCGUUCCUGAAUUUUUUCCACUCACUGUCCGAUGACCUGGUCCGGAGCAUCGCCCUCCGGUCGCUGAUCGACCACUGCCAGCCAGCCCAGCGACAGGUGAUCACCACGGCACUGCAUCCCUACCAGAAGCGCGACCUCAUCACGGCCCUGCCGCCCGAGAUCGCCCUCAAGAUCUUCUCCAUGAUCGAGCCGCGCACCCUGGUGGCCUUGCCCUAUGCCAGCCCCUCCUGGCGGCGCCUCAUCGAGUCACUGGACUACUAUUGGGAAAGCCUCAUCCGUAAUGAGGGGCUCGUUCCGCGCGAGCUGCUGGAGCGCACCGACAAGAACAAGUUCGCCUUCUGGCGCGAAUACUUCGUCUACCUGUCGCUGAUCUCGGAAAACUGGCUGACCGGCAACUUCCAAGCGCAGAAGCUCAGCCCCAAGACCCAGUCGGUCAUCACUUGCCUGCACAUCGACGAGUCGUACAUCAUCGCCGGGUCGGAUGACCGGUCGGUCAAGGUGUGGUGCUCGCGCACUUCCGAGCCCGUGGCCACCUUCGACUCGCAUGAGGGCGGCGUGUGGUCGCUCCAGCGCGUGGGCGACCUCCUGGUGACCGGGGCCACCGAUCGCAAACUCCGUGUCUGGUGCCUCCGGCGUAAGAUCUGCCUCUUCACCUUGACCGGCCACACGUCGACCGUCCGGUGUCUGCGCGUCAUCGGCCGGCACAUCAUCAGUGGCUCGCGCGACCACACCCUCCGCGUAUGGAGCCUGGACGAUGGCCAGCAGCUCCACGUUCUGAAGGGACACCUGGAGUCUGUGCGCUGUGUCGAGGCAGCCGGCAAGGUGGCCGUAUCCGGCUCGUACGACACCACGGUCCGGUCGUGGGAUUUUGUCAAUGGACGGCCCAUUGCCACCAUGACUGGCCAUACGGACCGCAUCUACUCGCUGGCUUUCGACGGCAAACGCGCGGUAUCCGGCUCGCAGGACUCCACCAUUCGCGUGUGGAAUCCCCUAGACGGGACCUGUUUGCAUGUUCGUCGUUACUCGCUGGACAGCAGCACCAAUCCCAAUGCUCACCGGCGAUCCAUCACCUGCCUGCAGUUCGAUGGUGAUCGCAUUGUCUCCGGCUCGGAGGAUGGCUUCCUCAAGGCCUGGGACGUGAAGACCGGGCAAUUCCUGCACAACAUCAUCGAGGGUGAAAGCAAUGACGUUGAAUUCAUCUGGCGCUUGCAUUUUUACCACGACAAAUUGGUGGUCGCGGUGCAGCAGUCCUCCGAAAACCCAAGCACGACCACCACCCAGCCGACCAACCACUCCUCGACGCUGGUUCUCCUGAAUUACGCCCAGCCAGCCGAUGCCACCCUGAAGGACCUUCACAGUCGAUUCAUGCUCAAGACCGGCGGAGCUGGGGAUUCCAUGACGGGCGUCGUGUCGACCGCGGCCACAGCCGGCGGCCCAGCCGGAUCUUCCACCACCCCGGCACAGGGCCCAAACCCGGCCUCCACUGCCACGACACAUCCUUCCCUGCGGCCGGUGGCCGGUGCCACUGCGACUGGCGGUGGCAGCAACAGCCCGGCUGGCCCAGGCGGUCCAAGUGGCCCGGGCGGCCCGGGCGCCAGCGGCUCGCAAGUUCGCACGUGCCUUGCUCAGUUGCUGAAUGCCGCGUCUCCGGUGGCCACUCUGCCGGCGGGCACCGGCACCGGCGCCGACAGCCUGGCUGUUACCACUCAGGACCCGGCAUCGUCCGGGGCCACCGCCCCGAUGGAACUCGAAAGUGGCGGCGCCGACCCGGUCACCUCGCCUCUUGAUGUGCUGGUCUCGGCGGCUGGCGCCUUGUCGACCAUGCCUGCCCAACCGCCGCCCCCACCACCCCCAUCACACCAGCAGCACCAUCAGCCGCCCACAUCCGCUUCUCAGAUGUCUGCAUCCGCUUCUCAGAUGUCUGCAUCCGCGCGUGCCGGUGGCAACCCCGGUCCCCUGCUGCGCUCGGUUCCCCUGGCGGCCGAUCUCCGGUCCGAGGUACACCCCACCCCCCCGCGCGGGGGGGUGCCCGCACUGGUGCCGAUGGUCGGGUCCUCGUCCGUGUUGUCCACCACCGGGUCCGAGGGGGACUUCCCCUCGGCCUCGGGCUCUGACGGAUCGGCCGGGCGGUCCUCCUCGAGCACCGCCACCGGCUCCGACAGCUCUAGUCCUUUCUCCUCCGGCUCAUCGGGCAACUCGAGCUUCUCUUCCUCGUCGGGCUCUGCCUCCACCGGGUCUGCGCUGGGGUCUUCCUCGAUUGCCGGAUCCUCCUCAGUCGCCGGGUCAUCCAGUUCCUCAUCCCCCUCGUCCCCCUCACCAUGGCCCGGCCGCAGGACAACCACCGGGGCCGGUGCAGUCGAUGCCAUGGCCAGUGCCUCGGCCGCCGCCACAGCCGCCAUGGCCGGUGCCUGGUCAGGCGGCCCGAUGGCCGUCGACUUGGAGGAUUCCCACGUCAUUCCGGACUACUUUGAUCCGACCCUCCGGCCGGCGGCGGAGGGGGCGAAUGCUACCUCGCCGCCCGGAGCGCGAGCCUUGCGGCAAAGCCGCACCCCUCCGCUGCCCGGGACAUUGCCCCCUGCUGUGGGGUUCCCUUCCUCCUCCUGGCCCUUCCUCACGUUGCCGCCCCCAUGGCCCAGCCAUCCCGCUCCUCAGCCCAUGGCGGCCGGUGCUGCAGGUGGCCCGCCGACGCACACACGCGUGGUCAUGGGCUCCUGGGCCCCGGGCGGCGACUCGACCGGGUGCCUGAUGGCGGCAUCCUCUCAGCAGCACCAGCAGCACCAGCAGCAUCAGCAGCAUCAGCAGCAUCAGCAGCACCAGCAGCACCAGCAGCAUCAGCAGCACCAGCAGCACCAGCAGCAUCAGCAGCACCAGCAGCACCAUCGCCCAGGGGGGGACAUGGCGCCAGACCAGCUGGCUUCCUUUAUGCUUCCGGCGUUCCAGUUCCAGCCGACUGGCAGUAUGGCAACCACUCAGGCGCCGGCCCCGCCGCUGGCCGUGGCGCCGGCCAAUCACCGCGUCAGUUUCCUGCCGAAUUCAACCGCCUCGGCGAUCAGCCGUGAGGAGGACAUGUGCCCUUCUUCGGACGACGACCUGGACGACUCGAUCCGCAUUUAACCCGGCCACACAGAGGAGCCCGCCCACCAUGCAGGAUGGCCGAGCGGUGGCGUUGCGACCGCUUGGAAGCGGGGGAAGAGCCAGCGGGAGAGAGGAGGCGAGAGAAUGCCGCCUCGCACAUUUGCGUCUCCAUUUCUCUGCGCAUACGCGCAAGCGCGUUCUUUCCUCAGUUCCCUCUCUCUCUCUCUCUCUCU